AGCAGAAGUAUCAAAUGUGCACGAGUCUGCGAGUGUUGCAGUUCCCACUUGUGCGCCUAACAUUUGGUUGCCCAAUACUGUAUAUAGGAGGAGGGGUUUUGCGUUGUGUUUUUACAGAUGUUGCUCCUUCCUGAGGAUGGUAAAAAAAAAGCUCCUUUGACAGUCAAGUGUUACAUUUGCAUACAACCAUAUGACCAUACAAAAUAAUAUAUACCAUACAUGUAUACAACAAAUAUGAGAUGGUGAGAUUUAAAAAAUAAUGUUUAAAAAAAAAAACACCUACUCGUGAACCAAGAUGAGGAUCCCCCUCUGUAAUUGUAUUCAUUUCCCUGUAGUUUCUCAGAAAAAUACCACUUUGCAUCACAAAAGUUCCUCUUCUGUGAAGUUUUAAACAACCCUGAACAUAUUCAACCCCAUUGUAAAGUGCUUUUCUUCACUGCUUAUGGGAUCCAUAUGCAACUGCCGGAUACUUGUAUUUUUUGGCAGUGCUCAGUGAAUGACGUGACAGGCGUGGUAAUAACAAUGAGAACACAAUUAAUUCCAGAUCUUUACAGACUUUGCACUCCGAAGUUGGCUAAGGGAAAAUCAAAAAGGGUGCGGUCAUGGUAUUUUAGUUCUGCUGGUUCAAAUAUACAUAUUGUGAAUGAUCAUUGACAUUUUUCGCUUUACUACAAUAAACGAAAGUAAAAUGUUUUAUCAUUCUAAAGUUUCCUGCCUGUCCGGACGGCAGUACUCAGAAUGUGAGUACAGUACAUAGGAAAUGACUCAUAGGAGUUGAACUGUUAGCGUGGGUGUGUACUCUAUUAAAACAAGGCUCAGACUACUCCGGGUGACUCAUUGUGAGGCUAGCUUUUCCAUGGUGAAAAACAAAACGGGCUUUUCAUCAGAUGAACUUUCUGGAAUUUCGUUUAUACAAGAAACAUGGCUUCAAACAUUAUCUGUGCACUUUGUGGACUUGUCAUUGCGACUGUAGCGAACCUAAACGGCGCGAACGGGCAACAAAACCUAUGCAGUAGUUCAGAGUUCUGGAGUUCGGACAUAGACCAAUGCGUAUCCUGCUCAUCGUGCAAGCAGUAUCCAAAGACACCUUCGUGUAACACUUGCACAUUUACCAAGGAAAGAUCUGAUGUCUGGAGACUGGCAGCCAUUUCCAGCUUCUCUGUGCUGGCAGUUAUUCUGGUCGCUGCAGUAUUGAUCAUUGGAGUCAUGGUGCAUCGACGCAAGGCACAGAAGAGGCCCCUCCGUGAACCCAUUGAAGAGACAACGGGACCUCUUUACCAAGCGUAAACAUUUCACCUCAUCUUCCUUCUGACAUUGAUGUGACAGAACCAAGGGAACAUCUUUGGAUGACCAACCGAAACAGAAUCAUUUUUGUACAAUGGAUUAUACUCUGACCACAGGGUAUUAUUUGAGUGGAGUUUGACCAUUUAAUUUAUUAUACUGUUAGUAAAGAUGUGUUCACAUACACUCAGUGUGUUACGGAACGGAGCUCUCACAUAGAACUGUGUUAACAAGCGCUGUCAAUCCCCUACCUUGUCUGCAGUCAGACUGUACUCUGAGUAAGACAAUGUAGUUCGUAAAGAGUAUCUCUCACAGCUCUUUUUGAAAUGAUGGCCUUUGAGUAGUGAUGCUCGGUUGAGCUUGUCUAGAUAUUCCAAUAAUCUAUCUAUCGAUAAGUAAGUUGUUCAAUCAAUAAGUAGUUUAAAAAACAGUAGUGAACAUGAGACACAUCUUGGAUGUUGUGGAUUUCCAACCAUUGCUGUCAAUGCUUGAACACCUAUUGUUUUAUUGUAGCUUAUGAGGACGAAUACCAACUACCGAACUGCCUCGACUUGCCAUCAGCAGGAUAAAAGUGAAUACAGCACAAUCGUGCUUCCUGGGCCAGGUUUCACAUACUGCACUUCUAUGAGAGUAACAUUUCUAUUUAACAUCCUCGUGAUAAUGAAAAGUAAAAGGGAAAUGUUAGAUUAUAAAUUCAUGUUGGGCACAUUUUGGCAAUUUGAAUGUACUUUUAGGGCAAUUUAUCCAGUCUGUGUUUCCAUGUAGGAACUAUAUGCACUUAGAGCUAGUUGUUUUUUAACUCAUCAUUUUUAAAGGAGUAGAAUUAUUUUAACAGUAUCGUGCACUGUACUCUCUAGGAUCUUCCAAUCAAAGAGGCAAAGGGGAAAAUAAGUGAACUGAUUAUGAAACUGCGUAUUGGACAUUCUUACACAGGUCAUUUAACCAUUAUACUGUAGUAUGUGUGUAUGCAGGAUAAGUAGUAUAACACAGGGGCUUGCAAACUGUCGUGAUGGAAAAGUUCAAGGUGGUCCAGAAUCCUGUGGGAAUGUGUUUGUAUAGUUCAGGGAUGGGCAACUUUGAUGGGGGUGGGGGCCACAAAAAAAUCUGAACACAUCAUGAGGGGCCACAGUUGUGCCGCCACCCAAUUCUACACAUUUCGCAACAUGGUUGUGAGAAAUGUUUGCAGUUUUAAUUAUAUCUUACUGAGACUGACUAACAAAAUCAAUGGGGCCCCACCUCCAGGUGGUAAUUUGACCACGAUUACUACAAGUUUAGAUAGCUGGGCGCUAGACUAAUUUACCAAUCUAAAAAAUGUUAGCUGACAUGGACUAAUUGAGGAACAAGAAAAACUGCUGAUGCACAACCAAAUUUCUAAAUGGCACCUUGUGUAUUCUACUAUUCUAACUCGCAACAGUAAGUUGAGACCCUGACUAAGCCCUUCCACCUGUUGCCAAUCCCUGGUAUAGUUUAUACUGUUUUUUUCUUCUUUUUGCAAUUAAAUCCAUUCCCGAUGGAUAAAUAGGGAAACCUUAGCAUUGUGCUCUCCACAGUUGAAACAAUGGAGAUGAGUCAAUGCUUGUGUGACUUUUUUUUUAACACUAUUAGACACUGACUGCCAACCCAGGAAGGAACAUUGCAGUUUAGGGAAAAACAAACUGAACCCUAUUGAAAUGUAUAACCAUGGUAUAACUGUGUACUCAUCUUCAAACUAACUCAGAGCACAAUUUUAGGGCUUGUGUGUCAGGAUAAUGUGGGUGGCUGAAUAUGACUUAAUUCAUAUUACUGACAAUAUUACUUUCUUAUCAAUAUUAAGUGGAUAUGUAUACCAGCAGCAAGAAAAGGGUCAUUGGACAGUUUUUAUACAGAUAUUGUUUUCAUAUCUAUUUAUUUUGAAUUAUAUAUUUUCUAAUGUUUAUAGUUACAUGUGGUAACAGCUAAAUGUAUGAAUAAAUACUGACGAAGGGA